AUGAAGAACCCCCGAGCUUUAUACACCCAUUGCUACAGGCACACGUUGAACGUGGCUGUUGGGGAUGCUGUAAAACAUUGCAAAGUGAUAAAGGAUGCACUGGACACCACUUAUGAAGUCUCAAAGCUUGUGAAGUACUCUCCAAAAAGGGAUACUGCUUUGCAAAAGUUGAAGGAAAGUCUUGCACCAGACACCCCUGGUUUCCGUAUGUUGUGUCCAACAAGGUGGACGGUCAGGGCAGACUCUUUGAAGUCAGUAAUUGAUAACUACUGUGUUCUGCAGGAGCUGUGGGAGAUGUCCAAAGACUAUGUAUCUGAUCCUGCUAUCAAGGGCCGCAUCAUUGGCGUUCAAUUCCAGUUUAGAACGUUUCAAUAUUUGUUUGGGGUUGCUUUGGGACAACUAAUUCUGAGGCAUAGUGAUAACUUGAGCAAGACCCUACAAUCACCCAAGUUGUCUGCUGCUGAGGGUCAACGAAUAGCUUUGAUGACUGUUGCAACUCUGCACGUGCUCAGAGACGACACACAGUUCGAUCUUUUCUGGAAGAGUCUUCAAGAGACAGGGACUAAAUUAGAUGUUGAUGAACAUGUCCUGCCCAGAAAGAGGAAAGUUCCAAGGCGAUAUGAGGAGGGCAGUGCUGAACCUGAGUUUUUUUAUGUUUGCAAGCAAUGUUAUUGCCAGCAAUAUUACGAAGCACUCGAUUUAAUUGUGAAUGCUAUUCAAGCCAGGUUUGACCAAUCCAGAUUCAAAAUUUACUGCAACUUGCAGGACCUUUUGCUAAAGGCUGUCAAGGGUGACGAUUAUAGGGAAUGCCUCAAGCAUGUCACUUCAUUGUAUCAUGACGAUUUAGAUGCCCAACAACUGCAGCUUCAUCUUGAAAUUUUGCAAGCCAACUUUGGUCUCGUAGACAAGACUUCUGUGACAGUGUGUGACAUUAGGGACUACAUCUUGAGUUUAUCUCCUUACAAAAGGGAUUUGAUGUCGGAAGUAGUCACCGUCCUUAAACUCAUUAUGGUCCUGCCAUCUACCAACGCCGUCAGUGAGAGGUUAUUUAGUGCCCUCAAGAGAUUGAAACGUACCUUAGGAGUACAAUGA